CGCUGUCUGCCAUUGUUAAACAGUUUUGUUGGGUGUGUCAGGUGAAAUGAGCUGUCUGGCGUAAAGUAUCGGUAUUUGAAACAAAUCUUUUCGUUUUCCCCACCAAAAGUGCCUUAUUACCACGGGGGGAGGUUAGAGUAGGCGGAAGGUGAAUCGCGACCGGACCGGGUUGGUACAAGAAGGUCCACAGGAAAAUGGGUUUGCUGUGGCGCAGCUAUGGGCUGUUCGCUGUGCUCACGCUGAUGGGCGUGUUGGCCCAGUACGAAUGGCAGCCAAAGGACGCGUUCGAUGAGAUCAAGGUGCGGUUCGACAAGGUGAACGGCGACAACUGCCCAAUCCUGCCGCCGCGCGAUCUAACGCUGCCCGAGGACAGCGUCUCCCACCUGCCGGACAUUAAGGAUGUAAACAUCAAUCCGGUGUUCCCCAACCGGACGGCCCUGCUGCACCUGCACAACAUGGCGCUGAGUCGGGCGUUCUUCUGGAGCUACAUACUGCAGAGUCGCUUCAUCCGGCCGGCCAUCAACGAUACGUACGAUCCGGGCAUGAUGUACUACUUCCUGUCGACCGUCGCGGACGUGUCGUCCAAUCGGCACAUUAACGCGUCCGCCAUCUACUUUGCGCCGAACUCGUCGUUCUCCUCCUCGUACCGUGGGUUCUUCAACAAGACGUUCCCCCGGUUUGCGCCCCGCACCUACCGGGAGGACGAUUUCAACGAUCCGAUCCAUCUGCAGAAGAUCUCCACGCUGAACACGUUCUACGUGCGCGAUUUGGGUGCGUUUCCGCCGGACUCGGCGCUGCACGACUACACGAUAAAGAACUACCACAUCAACGAGUGGUACAACCUGUGGCUGCCGGACAAUGUGGACAAGCGGCACGACACAAAGACGACCUACCAGGUGGAGAUCCGGUACGCGAACAACACGAACGAAACGUUUACGUUCCAUGGGCCGCCGGGGGCGGACGAAAACCCGGGCCCGGUGAAGUUCACCAAGCCGUACUUUGACUGCCGCCGGUCGAACAAGUGGCUGGUGGCGGCCGUUACACCGAUUGCCGACAUUUACCCGCGCCACACCCAGUUCCGGCACAUCGAGUAUCCGACAUAUACGGCCGUUUCGGUGCUGGAAAUGGAUUUCGAACGAAUCGACAUAAACCAAUGCCCCAAGGGCGAGGGCAACAAGGGACCGAACAUAUUCGCCGACACGGCGCGCUGCAAGAAGGAAACGACCGAAUGUGAACCGAUAGAUGGGUGGGGAUUCCGGAGGGGCGGCUAUCAGUGUCGCUGUAAACCGGGGUACCGCUUGCCGGGCGUCGUUCGGAGGCCCUAUCUGGGCGAGAUCCUCGAGCGUGCCUCGGACGAGCAGUUCUACAAUGGGUUCGAUUGCAUGAAGAUAGGAUGGGUACAAAAGGUACCGAUCAAGUGGUUCCGUGCGCCAUCGUACGUGAGGGAGCAGUACCUGAACCGGUACUACGAGUACAAGAACUUCACGACCGGGCCGAGCUCGCUGCACUCCCACAAGCUCAACAUCAACGAGGUGCUCAAGUUCAUUUUGGGCGUAAAUGCACGCUCGUGCAAGAACUACCACCCGCAGGAUCUGAUGCUGACCGGCGAGUUUGCGUACGAAGCGCAGAAGCAGUUCGAGAACGAGGCCAAGAUGGCCAUCCGGUUGGCGAACUUUAUCAGCGCUUUCCUGCAAAUUUCGGACCCGAGCGAGGUGUACUCCGGCAAGCGGGUGGCCGACAAACCGCUGACCGAGGACCAGAUGAUGGGCGAAACGCUCGCGCUCGUGCUGGGCAACACGCGCAUCUGGUCCGCGACCACGCUGUGGGAUCGCAGGAAGUUCCCGAACCGCACCCUGUUCGGACCGUACGCGUACAAGCGCGAGCUGAACACGCGCAAGUUCAAUCUGGAAGAUUUGGCCCGGUACAACAAGACGGGCGAGGAGUACAUCGACAAACCGUUCUUCCGGCUGCUGAAGCAGCGGUGGGCCACUAACUUCGAUUCGCUCGAGAAGUACUAUCUGAAGAUUCGGCUGCGCCACAACGAGACGGGCGAGUAUGCGCAACGGUACGAGCACUUCCCGAACUUCUACCACGCGGCCACGAUGGAUCACGGCUACUGGACGACGCCCGAGUUCGACUGCAAGGGCUACGUGAAGAAGUGGCUCAUAACGUACGCGGUGCCGUUCUUCGGCUGGGACAGCCUGAAGGCGAAGCUAGAAUUCAAGGGAGUCGUUGCAGUUUCAAUGAACAUGCUCCAGCUGGAUAUCAACCAAUGUCCGGAUGAUUAUUACGAGCCGAAUGCAUUCAAAAACACUCACAAAUGCGACGAGAAGUCUUCAUACUGUGUCCCGAUCCUGGGCCGCGGGUACGAAACGGGCGGCUAUAAGUGCGAGUGCCUGCAAGGGUUCGAGUAUCCGUACGAGGAUCUGAUCACCUACUAUGACGGGCAGCUGGUCGAGGCCGAGUUCGAGAACAUCGUGAAUGAUAAGGAAUCGCGGUUCGAGACGUUCAAGUGCCGUCUGGCCGGGGCGGCCGCCCUGCAGGUGCAGUUUACCAUCGUCGUCUUUGUGUCGCUGUUCGGGUGGAUAUUGCUGCGCCGGAAUCUCCAGAGCUAGGAGGUAGGCGCGAUGAGGCGCAAGCGAAUCAGAGAGAGAGAGAGCGAGAGUACGCCAUUAUAUUUUAAACCCUCUACCCAUUUCCGCUGAUCGGUGGAAAAAGGGUAUAAUAGUGCAGGUGGAAGUGAGGUUCCCCAUUUCCCUGCGCUAACAAGAAUUCAUUCCAUCCAUGCAAUAUGCAACCAGAAUUGCAUUCUCGAAGCUCGAGCUACUAGCAAGGUAAAAAGGUAGGUUAAUUGUGCAAAACUAACGUACAAAGAAAACACGUAAGAUUUAUUCUCCAUCCAUUCCAACAUGAUGUAAUUGUUGCCGUCCGCACGAGUUCCCACCACGAGGAACGUUAGAGUUUAAAUAGCUACAAAAAACAGCAAACGGUAGGGGAUGCCCGUGCGCAUCUAUAGUUGUAAUAGAUUCCUUUUUUUAUACAUAUAUACACAGGAGCUGCCUUGUUUUUACACUCAGAAUCGAAUCUCGAAGCGAAGCGGAGACCUGUUUUUAUACCAAUUAACGAACAGUGAAGGAAUAAAUUCACAGUACCUAAAUA